UUCCUUUGCAACAAAUGGAGUGGUCAAUAAAGCUGUGUUAGAAAAAACAAUUAGGAAGGAGUGGCAUAUUAUUAAAUUCCUUUGAGCAUGUGCAAUCUGCCAAUAUAAUUGAAAUGCAUAUAAAAAAAGUGAUCUAUUAGACACCUAACAUGGCGCUCCAUUCUAUACACUGUAGAUUGUUGACCUUUCGAGACCACACAUAUUUUGACAUCAACGACUAAAAAUGGCAAAGUUUAGUUCAUGUAAUGGGAAGGAUUUUCUAUUUGUUCUUCUUUUAUCAUCGUAUUUGUCCUUUCAAGUUGCAACAUGUGGCUCCAUAGUCAAGUUUCUUCCUGGAUUCAGUGGACCUCUUCCUUUUCUGCUUGAAACCGGGUAUGUGGGAGUUGGUGAAAAAGAGGAUGUGCAAGUGUUUUAUUACUUCAUUGAAUCAGAAAACAAUCCAAAGGAAGAUCCUCUCAUGCUUUGGCUCACUGGUGGACCUGGUUGCUCUGCUUUGUCUGGCCUUGUCUUUGAAAUUGGUCCACUUGAAUUUAAAAAGGAGGAGUAUAAUGGGAGUUUGCCUAAUCUGAUACUGAAACCACAUUCAUGGACAAAGGUGAGUAGCAUUAUAUUUGUAGAUUUGCCUGUUAACACAGGAUUCACAUAUGCCACAACAAAUUCUGGUUCACAACGAAGCGAUUCGAUACUAGUUCAUCAAACUCAUCAAUUUUUCAGAAAGUGGUUAGUUGAUCAUCCAAAAUUUCAAUCAAAUAAAAUUUACAUUGGCGGUGAUUCAUACUCUGGCAUCCCUCUUCCAGUAAUUGCUCAAGAAAUUAUACAAGCAAAUGAAAAAGGUGUCCAGCCUUGGAUUAAUCUUCAGGGAUAUUUGUUGGGGAAUGCUAUGACAACUAGGAAGGAAAACAAUUAUGCAAUCCCUUUUGCUCAUGGAAUGGGACUCAUAUCAGAUGAAUUAUAUAAAUCACUCCAAAUAAAUUGUAAAGGCGAUUAUAUAAAUGAAGAAAGCAGAAGUAUCUUAUGUUCUAAAGAUAUCAGAUUAUUUGAAGAGGCUAUAUCAGGACUUAAUACAGCUCAUAUUUUAGACCCACGAUGUGAAUGGCUUGAUGAUACUCAAAAAAUUCAGAGGAGAUCUCUAAUUAAAUAUCCCUCCAACUUCCUCACUUCAAAUCUCAGAUUGCCUUCGUCGAGUUGUCGAAGUUAUCCAUAUUUUCUUUGCGGUAUUUGGGCCAAUGAUGACAAUGUUCGUAAAGCAUUGCACAUACGUAAGGGUAGUAUGGGAAAAUGGUCUCGUUGUACCUUUAAUAUACCUCAUGAGAAAGAUAUAUUUAACAGUUAUGAUUAUCAUGUAAAUCUCAGUAAAAAGGGCAUUCGCUCACUAAUUUACAGUGGAGAUCAUGACCUGUUAGUUCCAUUCUUGGGGACACAAGCUUGGAUAAGAUCUUUAAAUUAUUCCAUUGUUGAUGAUUGGAGACAGUGGUAUGCAAAUGACCAAGUUGCAGGAUAUACACGGACGUACUCUAAUCAGAUGACAUUUGCAACUGUGAAGGGUGGAGGACACACAGCUCCGGAGUAUCGGCCUAAAGAAUGUCUUGACAUGUUUAGUAGGUGGAUAUCUAACAUAACUUUAUAGAAAUAAAUAAAAAUAAACUUGCAAAUAAAUAUGUAUCGCUUGAAUUUGCAUAUUAUAUAGCAACUGUAUCCAUGUCUUUUACUAUUCUAAAGAUAACAACAAUGGGAUCUUUAUUUCAAGUUGCACUUUUAAUUAAUCAAUGGAAUUACACAUUUUUUUGAAGAU